CAACAUCACUCUGCCUGCCGAGAUCUAAGCACGAGAUCUGGCUCGAGCUCUGGCUUGCAGUCGUCACUAUGCGACGAGCAGUAAUCAUUUUCCUGAUCGUCAAUCUUGCCGUCAUUGCUUUCCUGGUACAUUCGGUCUGGACCCUGCUUGAGCUCUUGGUCAUAAAUGGUAUCGAAGAUGCGAUAUCUCGCGAAGAACUGCCUCCGAUCGGCUCAGAACUGGACGAUGGCCGCACACAACUCAUCCCCAAAAUCAUACACCAAACAUACAUCAACACCAGCAUCCCCGAAGUAUGGCAAGAAGCGCAGCAAAGCUGUCUAGAGAGGCACAAAGAGCCAGAGUGGGAAUACAAGCUGUGGACCGACAAGAUGAGCGUGGAUUUCAUUGCCGCUGAAUACCCCGAGUUUUUGGAAACCUUUGAGAACUACCACUUCCCCAUUCAGAGAGCAGAUGCCAUUCGGUAUUUCGUGCUCAACCAUUACGGCGGAAUAUACAUUGACCUGGACGACGGAUGCAACCGGUCACUCGAGCCACUCCUGAGCUAUCCUGCAUUCGUGCGCAAGACAGUGCCUACAGGUGUGAGCAACGAUGCUAUGGGAGCUGUGCCACAUCAUCCAUUCUUUGAGCGCGUGAUCGAAGAGCUCCAGAACUAUGACCGGACUUGGUUUCUGCCAUAUAUCACGGUCAUGGCAAGCACCGGACCACUAUUCUUGAGCAUUAUUUGGCGACAUUACAGCGACGAAGGCUUCAAUGUUGGAGAUGGAGCAGAUGGAGGCCGGAUACGGAUCAUCUUCCCAGACGAGUACAACAACAAUCCGUGGAGCUUCUUCACGCACCAUCUUGGCAACAGCUGGCACGGAUACGAUGUGCAGCUGAUAUUCUGGAUGGCUCGCAACUGGGUCCUUCUUACCGUGAUCGGCUUCAUCGUUGGAGGUGGCGCGCUAUUUGCAGGCUGGUGGUACUACAACCGGUACUUCCUUUCGCCGUCCGAUGUUCCUAGGUGGAAGACGCAGUCAAUAAGACAGAGGAUACCGUUCUGGUCCAGACGAACACGGAACGAGUACGAGCUUGUGAAUAGGCAUGAGCCUUGAGCGUAACAUAUAUAAUGCUUGGUCCUGUUUUAGGAAGCGUUGGCGCUGGAGGCGUUUGCAGUGCGGACUCGCCGCCGCGAUGGCAGCUGGUGCAUGAAUGUUAUCUGCGUAAAUACUUGGCGAAUUGCAAUUGCAUCUAUGAGGUGUGGUUGAGACGGAGCUGUACAGCUUCGCAGCCGCACUU